UACAAUUCGCAUUUUAAAACCAAGCUAUAUGGCUACUUAGCCAAAGAAGAUUUACUAGAAAUAUAUCGAACAGUUAUAAAUUCAUGUAUCGAAUAUUGGAAACUAUGGAUAAUGGGAAUUUAAAGUACAUAUUUUUUUUCGUGUAGACAACUUCCAACUGUUACGGCAUCAAGGCAAUUCCUGAAUAUCCCUGUCAAAAAUCACUUCGCUGAAUUGCGGAAGACAACUUUAUUCCUCACUGUCUAAUUUCUAAAGCUUAAUUUUGAGUCCUCUCACAGUCUGCACACAAAUGCCAGACAUGUAUUGCAUCACUAAUAAAAAUUCUCUACAAAGAAAGUGCAAUGGAGACUGUUUUCCAGGUGGGAAUGGGAGGGGAUUUGGUAGCCCUUUGGGAAGUUCGCCUCAGCGAUGGGGUACAUAAAGUGGGAUUCGAACAUGGCACCACAACAGGCCGGAGAGUAUUGUGGGUAGAUGGAGAGGAGAAGGUUCAUCAUGACUGGAUGUUCAAGUUAGUUGGCUCAGAAGUAUUUCAAAUUGGUGACACUAAAUGUGUUAUCAAAAUUGAACCUGUUGGAGGUUUCUCUUAUGAGUACUCCCUUGAGGUAAAUGGCAAAAGUUAUAAGAAGUUUACAGAAAACCAGAGUAAAAUACUGAAGACAUGGCUGUUACCACUGGAAGGUUCAUACAUGCGAGUGGUCUUGGAGAAAGAUACUUUGGAUGUUUGGGUUAAUGGGAAGAAAUUAGAUACUGCAGGUGAGUUUGUAGAUGAUGGCACUGAAACACACUUUGAUCUUGGAGGCCAUCCAGCAUACAUAAAGGCUGUGAGCAGUGGCAACCGAAGGGAAGGCAUCAUUCACACACUUAUCGUUGACAAUACUGAAAUACCAGAGUCGGUGGAGUAAAAGGCAUUUUACAGAGGAUCAAAUCGAAGGUUGGCAGCAGAAAAUUGUUGGCUUCAUGUGAGAAUAGCUAAUCAAUAUGUCAAGGUGAUUUAGCCCAACCAGAAUGUUUAUGGAUCUUGCCAAAUAUAGUAGACCCUUGAAGUAGGCUAUCAAAGAUUUUUAUGGAUUAAUUGAUUAGAUAUUCACCAGCACAUAACAGUGUACCUUUUUGGUUAAUUCUGGUAGAGGCUGGUAUUGGCACAAAAAGUGGCAAAUAGUGUAGGCAACAAUGCUUUAAGAAAAUUGGUUUAUUUCUCAUUUACUGUUAACCUUGCUGGCUGUGAAAAAGUACUGGUUAUUUGAAAAUGAUCUGACUAGCUCUUUAAAAGUAAGUAUUCCACAAGAUAUUGUUGUAGUUUGUUAUAAUAUCUAGCAAUAGAAAUCUCAAGCAAAAUCUUGGCUUAUUUUAUAAUUGUAGUAUAAAUAGAAAGGAAAAAAUGUAGCAGUGCCUAGGGCUUCUUCUGCAAGAUAAUGUAAUAUUUAUAAAAAACAAAACCAAAAAAAAACUUCUGUCAAAAUUUAUGUGGUGUCAUAUUAGUAUAUGGAGUAUUUUUAUUUAGUUAUGUUUAUAGAUCUAAUUAGAACAUUUUGCUGUAAUCACUAAAGUAAACUUACAAACAUGCAAAGAUUAAUAAAAGCAUACCUUUGUCAA